AUGUCCUUUUUCGGUGUAAUACAACGCAUAUUUUCUUCUUCUACCAAGCGGUGGCAAAUCUUCAAAGAUCAUGUGCAAGGUCUUACAGUCAAGCCACUAUCACAGACACGAUGGGAAAGCCAUGUUGACAGCGUGAAGCCCAUAAAAGAUCAAACUUCGAAAAUACGAGAUCCUUUAAUUGAUUUGGCAAACAUUUCUGAUGACUCAAAAAUAAAGAGUGAAGCUGAGGGUUUGGCAUCAUUUGAACUUGAGAAUUUUGAGUUCGUGUUUGGAAUGGUAAUUUGGUAUAAGUUGUUAUAUGAGAUUAACAUUGUUAGUAAGUUUCUCCAAGCAGAAAAUAUGGAUAUUGAUAUUGCUAUUAGACAAUUAAAAGGACUUAUUUCUUCUCUCCAAGAGUUUAGAGAAUCUGGAUUUGAUCAAGCAUUAAUUGAAGCUGAACAUAUUGCAAGUGAAAUGGGAAUUGAACCUAUUUUUCGAGAAAAACACAUCAUUCGAAGAAAGAGACAAUUUGAUGAGAUCAAUAGUGAAGAGGUAACCCAGUCUCCUAAAGAAUCUUUUAGAGUUAAUUACUUCCUAUUUAUAAUUGAUCAAGCUCUUUCUUCACUUCAAACUCGGUUUGAACAAUUUCAAAAAUAUGAAGAAACAUUUGGAUUUUUAUUUAGUUUGGAGAGAUUGAAGUAUAUUGAUGAUGAUAGUCUCUUACACUCAUGUGUCAAUCUUCAAGAGUCUUUAACACAUGAUGGACACUCUGAUAUUGAUGGAUCAGAUUUAUAUUUAGAACUAAAGUUGUUAAGACACUCAUUACCAAGAGAAUCAAAAAGAGCGAUUGAUGUGCUGAAUUAUUUGAAGAAAAUGGAUAGUUGUUAUCCAAAUGCUUAUAUUGCUUAUCAAAUUUUGCUGACUAUACCAAUUACAAUUGCAUCUGCUGAAAGGAGUUUUUCCAAGUUGAAAUUGAUCAAAACUUAUCUCCGAUCAACUAUGUCGCAAGAAAGACUAAAUGGCUUGGCUAUGUUAUCUAUCGAGAAAAAAGUGGUUGAGAAAGUUGAUUAUGCUAACUUAAUCAAUACUUUUGCUUCUAAAACUGCAAGGCGAGCAAUAUUCAAGUGA